ACCUUAGAUUUAUUCCUUGUAUCUAUUUAUUUGACCACUCUCAAUGUAAAAACAGAUUAUUGAAAUACAAAGAAUUGAGUUCUUAACAUGGUAUCAGCCUAAUCACGAUCCCUCCCUACCUGAGACCCCCAUGGCUUCUUCUUCCUCUUCCUCUUCCACUGUCCUCUCUCCCUAUAUCCUCCAUCAAUCUGACUCUCCUAGCCUUAUCCUUGUUUCCAGCCUUCUCACCGGUGACAAUUUUUCCAAAUGGCAAAAAGCCAUGACCCGUGCUCUUAACACAAAAAACAAACUAGUUUUUGUCGAUGGUACUCUUAUCCCACCUGAAACUACCUCUCCAGAUUAUAGACAAUGGAAUCAAACUAAAGACAUGGUCCUUACCUGGCUCCUAAAUUCCAUCAGUCCCUCCAUCGCCAACUCCCUUGAAUUUCACACUGAUCCCCGAGCUGUAUGGCUCGAUCUCCAGUCCAGAUUUUGCCAUGGCAACAAUGCCAGGAUUUACCAUCUCAAGCGUGAGUUAUCCUCCCUGCAGCAACACAAUCAUUCUGUCCAUGAUUAUUACAACCAAAUCAAGUAAAUUUGGGAUGAACUCAGUCACUUACAACAAACCAACGACCUCAAACAAUUGCAGCAACAAGCUGAAGAUGAGAGAGUUUAUCAAUUUCUUCUUGGCCUCAAUGACUCUUUCUCCCAACUCAGAACCCAGAUCUUAGCCAUGGAAACCCUUCCGCCCAUCACAAAAGUUUUUUCAAUUCCUUUUCAGGAAGAGCAGCAACGUCUUCUCCACCUCAGGCCACCACCGACGGACGCCCACAUCCUUGCUGCUCACUCCGGUGGACCCACGAAACAGCCCCUGCAAUGUACCAUCUGCGACAAAAUGGGUCACUCCCGUGACCGUUGUUGGCGUGUAAACGGGUACCCAGCAGGUCGCGACACCCAUGGCAAAUCACGACUGUCUCUCCUCGGCAAGCCACCAUCAACCUCAGCAUCGAUGGCUCAUCAAGUCUCCACCUCAUCUCCAUUUCCUGGUUUGACCCAUGAUAUGUACCAAAAACUCCUUGAUCUGCUUCAACCGAACACUCCAUCCGCAAACUUCAUGGGACCCACAGUCGACGAGGCUAAUUGGAGCGGGUGAGCUUUGCAAUGGACUUUAUGUGUAUCGGCCCCAACUCAUUACUGCUUUUUCCACUCAAACUACUGCUAAUAAGAUCUUAUGGCACCAACGCCUAGGCCAUCCUUCCCGCUUAGUUAUUCUUAGUCUUUUCAAUAAUCCUUGUGUUAUUUCUAAUUGUGACAUUUGUGCUCGUUCUAAGCACACUAGACUACCUUUCUCCAUUUCCGCUAAUAAAAGUACUAUGAUUUUUAAUAGAA